AUGGCGGCCAUGCUCGUGAAGAACGCGCUACAGCUGAGUCUGCGAGCUCGACCAAGCGCGUCGGGUGUGCGUGCCCUAUCCAGCAUUUCUAGUGGCAGCUCCUUCGUUUCCUCAAGCUCACUGCUGCACCCGUCCGUGCUGAUGAUGGCUACCCCCACUACCCACAUGAACGCGCUGGUGCACAGUUCGCUGGUCUUCGAGACGGGCGUCAACCACCUGCAGAUCGACGACUUCCUGCCGCAGAUCGGAGAGCUCGAAUGCCCCACUGAGAACCUUAACGAACCCCUGCAGGCUAUCAAGCGCACGUACCAGCCCAGCGUGCUGCGCCGCAAGCGUAAGCACGGCUUCCGCACGCGUCGCGUGUCCAUCUCGGGCCGCAAGGUGCUCAAGCGCCGCUUCAACAAGGGCCGAUGGCGUAUGUCGCUGUAAUUCUCACGAACAAUGAUGGAGAAUAGCAAACGAGGGAGACCGUAGUCAAUGUGGGCAGGAGGCUGCCCCAAUCUGGAAUAGACUCACCAAGUGGACAUUAACUGGCAGGUGGAUUUAUAUUUCAUCGUUCAUAUC